AUGAGCUUCGGCUAUGGUGUGGGAGAUUUCCUUGCCAUUGCGAAGCUGGUCGAUACAGUGCGGAAGCAAUUUACAGAUGCGCCAGGCCAUUAUAAAGCCAUUUCGGAUGAUGUCAAGCGAUUGUCAAAUGUGCUGCACGAUAUUGAAGAUCAAGAUCCUGACGAUAAUAUAGGGGAUCAGCAGAAGCAAGCUCUAAACGAUAUCUCCAAAGGCUGCCACGAUCUGCUAGAUGGGCUGAACCGCACUCUUGUCAAAUAUCAAGACAUAGAUCCGACUGCGAGGGACGCGAAUGGCGUCAGGAGAGUAGGUCGUCGAGUAUGGAAGAGAUUUAUUUGGGACCAGAAGGAAAUAGACGUGUUUCAGCAACGGAUUUCGGCAAACAUUGAUAUGUUCAAUCUCUUUCUUAACGAGAUCAACAGCCAAUUGAACAAGGAAACAAAAGACCUGGUGGUCGUCACUCAGCAGGGAGUCAACCAGCUUGUUCAACACCAAGACGAACAGAGACGGCGAGAUAUCUUCAAAUGGCUUUCUCCGAUAAACCACGCGGACAAGCAAGCCGGCUUCUUCGGUCAGCUACAAGAAGGCACCGGGACCUGGCUCUUGGAUACCAAUGAAUUCAAGAACUGGAUAACCCAAGAUCACGACACGCCGGAAGACCAAUACACGCUAUUUUGUCCUGAACUCCUCGGUGCAGGCAAGACUAUCUUGAAGUCAGCUGUGAUCAAUGAGCUUCAAGAGAACUUAUAAUAGGCUGGGGUUGGUGUGGCUUUUUUUCUAUUGUAAUUUCCGGGAGAAAGUGACCCUCGAUUGUUUUUUUGCCGUUAUCCUAUGACAGUUAAUCCAACAACUACCAUCUAUCCCCAAGGAUAUGGAGACGCUCUAUGAAGCGAAUUUAGAUUCAGGUACACGGCUCACUCUGGGAAAAGUUCUGACUGCCCUAGACUCU